AAACAGCUCGAGGUUCAGCCUCUUCUACAGUAAGGGGUGGGUGCAUUUAUAAGACGGAUCACAUUUACACAGUCGACUUUCAUAUCCGUGUAGUGCUGCUUGGACAGACAGCAUCCAAUUUUUCACUCUACAGUCUUCCUGGACGCUAAAUUUGGCAUUUUAACCAGAGGAUUUAAUCAAAAGCACCAUGGCUGUAGAAGGAGGAGCAAAAUGUGUCAAAUACCUGCUUUUUUUCUUUAAUUUCAUCUUCUGGCUGUGUGGCCUGGCCUUAAUAGUUGUGGGGGUAUUGGUGAAAGUUUCUAUCAAUGCCACGGCCAUCCUGAAAGGACAUACUGGGUCUUCUCUAGUGGUGAUCGUGGUGGGAGUCAUCAUCUUCUUCAUCGCAUUCUUUGGCUGCUGUGGUGCCUGGAAGGAGAAUCAAUGCAUGAUCACCAUGUUUGCUGUUUUUCUCUCCCUCAUCGUUAUCAUUGAAAUCGGAGCCGCCAUCACUGGAUAUGUCCUGCGUACGAAACUGACUGAUCUGUUGAGCAAAGGCUUGGACAGCUUGGUCGCAGGAUACAAUGAAACGGACAACAAGGAGGCUCUUGAUACUAUACAGAAACAUUUUAAGUGCUGUGGAGUAAACUCCUCUGAAGAUUGGUCAAAUUCAAAAGCUGUCCCUGCCAAAUCAGUCCCAGACACCUGCUGUAAAAACAUCACCAAGGAUUGUGGUGUUGGAGCUAUCAAAGAUGGCAACAAGAUCUACACAGAUGGAUGUCUGCCCAUUAUGAACAAAGAUCUAAGGGAAAAUAUCAUGUGGAUCGCUGUUGCAGCUCUGGUCAUUGCAUUUGUACAGAUCACGGGCAUCGUGCUGUCCUGCAUUCUGAUGCGAGCCAUCCACAGCGGCUAUGAGGUCAUGUGAUCACAUCCAGCUACAGCAGUUAACCCGUAUCAGCACAUCACUUAAAGCUCUUAGAGACUGUUCAGGUGUUUUUAAAACUAUUAUAUAAAUGCCAGUUGUUUUCCCCCUUGCUGUGUAAGUUGCCAGUUCUCAUUUUCUUUUAGAAUGAAAUAUCUAUGCUUUUAUGACUAAUCCAGUAGAUUAGUCUCCUUUUAAGUCUCCGAUUUAUAUUUUAGACAUUUAUACAGUUUUAAACUUGAUCUUUACCGCAGUGAGAUUCCUUCGGGGUGUAGGAGAACAAUCAAUUACAAUCAAUUAUUAAUUACUGAUAUGCCAAAUUUGAUACAUUUAUAGAACAUUCGUAAAAGAAUAAAAUGUUCUAAACAA